UAUUUUUGACUAAAACUAAACAAAAAGUGUUCAGUGUCACAUAGACCUUAGGACGGUGAACAUCUCUUAAAUUGUAUUAAAGAAUAAAAUGUCAGAAAACGUUUUACUAUCUCGUGCUAUUACCUCGGAAGCUUCGAAGGCUCGCCUACCUUAUCCCAUGAAACAAUAUGCCACCGAGGGCAAAAAUAUUCCUUUGAAGAAAAACUGGUCGGAAACCUGGUGUACUUUGCCUGAAAAUUUCGAUAAAGUUUUUGAUGAAAUUUUAAACUUUGAACUGCGCAAAGAUGAUGUCUUUGUGGUUACAUUUAUGAAGUGUGGAACUACUUGGAUGCAGGAAUGUGCCUGGUUGUUGUUGAAUAAUUUAGAUUUUGAAAAGUCCAAAGAAGCAGCUGUUAUGAUCAGGAGUCCAUUUAUAGACUUCCAUGGCAUUGUUCCUGGCACUGCUAGUCCCAUUGAAAUGUGCAAAAAAUUAUCAAGUCCCCGUUUAAUCAAAACUCACAUGCCCGCCAAUUUAGUGCCCUUACAAAUCUGGGAGAAAAAACAAAAGAUGAUCUAUGUAGCGCGCAAUGUUAAGGACGUUAUUGUCUCUUCCUUCCACUUUGUCAAAAAUUUAGAUAUGUGGCGCGGCGAUAAUUUCCAUGAUUAUGUGGAUGAUUUCCUGAACAAUGAAAUUAUUUACACCCAUUUCUGGGCUCACAUUGUGGACUUUUGGAAAAUGCGCAAUGAGUCCUUCAUAUUCUUUGUCACUUAUGAAGAAAUGAAACGUGAUUUGGCGGGUGUUUUACAAAGAUUGUGCACAUUCUUGGAGAGACCUCAAUUGACGACAGAAGAAUUGGAAAAGACUAUUAAACAUUUAUCAUUUGGCAAUAUGAAAGAGAACAAACAAACCAAUUUAACCUAUUUACUUAAAGAUAAUAUGCCUGGUGUUAAACAAGAUUUCCAAUUCAUGAGACGCGGUAUAGUGGGUUCUUUUAAGGAUGAAUUAACCCCUGAGUUGAUUGCCAAAAUUGAUAAAUGGACAGCUGACUUUUUGGGUCAGUACGGCCUUAAGGAAGAAGAUAUUUUUGGUCAACUUUAAAAUUUAGUUAUGUGGGGUUUUACCAAAAUCACCAAAGUGUUCCUUUGUUUAGAUUUUAAGUUAAAUAUUUGUGCAAAUAACAUGUAAAUAAUUUUUUUUUAUAAAAAUUUGUUAAAAUUAUA